AUGCUUGUGUUCACUGUGAUUAAAGUCCAUACCUUGGAAGCACUGGAUAUUUUCUCCCGCACUGUCAAAGCCUAGAGUCCGAGACCCCGCCCGGGCCGCCCCCCGCUCUCUUUCUCUCUCUUCUCUAGCAUUUCGCUCUCUUCUACGACCUUUUUCCCCCAAAAUUAGACAGCGACAGGAGAGAGAAACUAGUGUUCGAAUCCGCCAUGGCCUCUCGCGAGAAUUUCGUCUACAUCGCCAAGCUCGCCGAGCAAGCCGAACGCUAUGACGAAAUGGUGGAAGCGAUGAAGAAGGUGGCGAAUCUGGACGUGGAACUGACGAUUGAGGAGAGGAACUUGCUGUCUGUGGGGUACAAGAACGUGAUUGGGGCUCGGAGGGCAUCGUGGAGGAUCUUGUCCUCGAUCGAGCAGAAGGAGGAGUCGAGGGGGAACGAAGUGAACGCCAAGCGGAUCAAGGAGUACAGGCAGAAAGUGGAGUUAGAGCUCUCGACCAUUUGCGGUGACAUUAUGACUGUCAUUGACGAGCAUCUCAUUCCUUCUUGUUCUGGGGGAGAGUCAACUGUUUUCUACUACAAGAUGAAAGGAGACUACUAUAGGUAUCUUGCGGAGUUCAAGUUUGGUAAUGAAAAGAAAGAGGUUGCUGAUCAGUCACUAAAAGCAUACCAGAUGGCUUCUACCGCCGCAGACACUGAUUUACCCCCCACCCACCCUAUUCGACUGGGUUUGGCCUUAAAUUUCUCCGUGUUCUAUUAUGAAAUAAUGAACUCACCUGAAAGGGCCUGCCACUUGGCGAAGCAAGCUUUUGAUGAAGCUAUUUCUGAACUGGAUAGCCUAAGUGAGGAGUCUUACAAAGACAGCACUUUAAUUAUGCAGCUUCUGAGGGACAACCUCACUUUGUGGACUUCUGACCUCCCUGAAGAUGGAGAAGACCAGAAGAUGGAGAGCUCUGGCAAAGCUGGAGGUGAUGAUGCAGAGUAAAGUUGCAGGGGAGUCCCUCACUUGUUCUAAGCAUUGUUCCAGUUCAGACAGAGUCCUGAAAUCCUAUUUGUAAUUGUUCCAUAUCAUUUGUGUUGUCUUGUAAUUCUUACUGAGGUAUAAUUGUAGAAGAUGCCUGGAAUUUGUAGUACCAUUUGGAUGGUCAAGAUUUUCCCUCUCUGAUUGUUGUCUGCCAGUAUGUUUUUAAUGAAAAGAUUGCUUGAACUUGGUAUCUGAAAA